UUCGUACAUCUUCGCUUCAUAUCAUUACAGUUUUAGUUUUCAAGGCGAAAUUAUCUGUGUAUCUUCCAUCGUAUAUUCUUAAUCGUAAAGCAUUUGCUUAAAUUUACUUUCAUCCAACAUUCUCUCUCGAAGACAAAUAAAAAUUAUAAAGUGUUUAAUAUGACUUCGAAAAUUCCAACCGUUUCUUAUUUUUGCUGCUGUAUCGAUUUAAGAACUGGUGGAUUAAUAGUUGGUUGGAUAGGGGUAGUAUCUUCUAUCCUUUAUAUUCUUGAAAGCCUAAGAACUGGAAAUACACUUGGACAUUCAAUAGCAAUUCAAUUAGUUCUCAGUGCUUGUUGGCUUUAUGGAGUUAAGGAGAAUCGACCGAGUUUCAUGUUAUUUACUGUCAUAUUGGAUGGAAUAGUGCUCAUUUGUUUGUAUAUUUGUGUGUUUGUUCUUGCUGUGGUACUUUUGAUAGCUUCGCCUUCUUCUGACGAUGAUGAUAGAAUUACCUUUGGAUUUUUGCUUCUUGUAACCUUUGUUUCAGUCACAUUAACCUACUUUUGGAUUAUGAUGUAUUCCGUCUACAAACACAUAAAAGAAAACACCUCUGGAUUGGCCAUGUAGUUACAUCGCUAGCUUGAUUACAAAAGAUUUUAUUUGAAUAUUUAAUUAAAGUUUACUCUAAUGAAAAUUACAAUUAAACUUUCAUAGCAUAUUAUAACCAAAACUGCAAUUGAUCGGCUGAGAAUAAAAGUGACUUUAAGUUUUUUUUAAACCGUCUCCAUCUUAUGUAAAUCCUAUACAAAUUAUGAGACACUUUUAAGAUUUUUUCUGCUUAAAGUCUCUUUUAUUACCAGCCGUACAAUUCAAAUUCGGUAAAAUUUAAUAAAUGUAUACUACAUAGAGACAAUCACGUUGAAUAUGUCAGCAGGCGCCAAAAAUUGACAUACAUGUUUGCAUAGAGAUUUGGAUAAAUCAACAUAUUUGAUUCGGUUUUUUCAUAAACAUUGUGAUUGGACAUCUUUUAAAAAAAAUUAAUAAUUUCGUACAAAUGUUGUAGAAACCAGAGGUAGCAUCGAGGCGUUAGAAUGGGCCCAAGACCCGCUCAAAUAGUUGCCAUAUUUGCCCGAACCCGACACGAGUCCGAUCGAAACCAUUUUUUUCCUUGGUAUUUAUUGAAUUUUCGGGUGUGAGGGAUCGGUCCGUCGUAAUUUAAGAAAUGUAUAAAUUAAAACUUUGAAACUAAUAAAAAAUUCAAAACAAUCAUGUCAAAUGUCAAUUUA